GUACAAAGCUGAUAAUUACCUGUUUGUAAAUGAAAGUGAAAGAUUUAAAGCCAGAGCUGACAGUUCAGCAAGGAACACGAAUAAGAUUCUGGAAUAAUGUAAAGAUAUUUGCAUUGCAAGAGGCCUCAGCAGGAAUCAUCUGCUCUGUAACUGCAGCAAAAAAUGGAGGGAGCUGCUUCGGAACUGACCUCCCCUAUGGAGCGUAAAACAAAGGGGACUGAGAGUGUCCUGAUGAAGAGAGCAGACUCCCCUGUACCCAGCUGUGUUUCCAUGAAGAGUGACGCGUCAAUGGUAAAGGCACUCAACUUCAGAGAGGGACCUUUUCCUAGAGAUCAAAGAGACCAAAUGGAAGAUUGCAGUUCAGAUCUACAUGAUAAAUCGGGUUUAUCAUCCAUAUUGAAGUCACUAGAGGAAAAUGCUGUAAGGUUCCUGAAAGAUGAGCUGAAGAAGAUCACGAGGUACCUAGAUCAGAAUUACCCAGAAUGCUCUGAGCCUCAGCUGGAGGAGGACAAUGACCUGGACUGUGAUGGUCAGAUGCAGAAGACCUGUGGUAGAGAGGGAGCUCUGAAGAUCACACUGUGCAUCUUGAAGACCAUGGAGCAAAAUGAUCUCGCUGACAUGCUGGAGAAGAGGCAUCUUCUGUCACAAUGUCAGCGCAGAAUCAAACGUACCCGACUGAAAAAAUUUGAGUGUGUAUUUGAAGGGAAAGCUAAGGAAGGACAGCCAACACUUCUCAGUGAGAUUUACACAGAACUCUACAUAACUGAAGGUGGGACUGGAGCAGUCAAUGAUGAACAUGAAGUGAGACAGAUUGAAACAACAUCCAAGAAAAGGCGAACAGAAGAUACUACAGUCAAGUGCAAUGAUAUAUUUAAACCCUUAUGUGGGCGUGAGACACCUAUCAGAACUGUACUCACUAAAGGGGUGGCAGGUAUCGGGAAAACAGUCUCUGUGCAGAAAUUUAUUCUCGACUGGGCAGAAGGAAAAGCAAACCAGGAUGUUCACUUCAUAUUUGCUCUUCCUUUCCGGGACCUGAAUUUGAUUAAGGGUGAAUACAGUCUGAUUGAACUGCUUCACCACUUUGUCCCAGAUCUGAAAUCAGUUGAAUCUGCUGAGCUGUUUAGGUACAAAAUCUUAUUAAUCUUUGAUGGCCUGGAUGAGUGUCGCCUUCCUCUGGAUUUUCAGAAGAUUGACAGCUGGUUUGAUGUAACAAAGAAAACGUCACUGGAUGUGCUGUUGACUAACCUCAUUAAGGGGAAUCUGCUCCCAUCCGCUCUCCUCUGGAUAACCUCCCGGCCAGCAGCAGCCAAUCAGAUACCUCCUGAGUGUGUCCACCGGGUGACAGAGAUACGAGGGUUCAGUGAUGCACAGAAGGAGGAGUAUUUCCAGAAGAGAUUUAGUGAUCAGAGCCUGGCCAGCAGGAUUAUCACACAUGUGAAAUCAUCAAGGAGCCUCUUCAUCAUGUGCCACAUACCUGUGUUCUGCUGGAUUUCAGCCACUGUCCUUGAGAGGCUUUUUAGUGAGACUGACAGUGGAGAAAUUCCAAGGAAUCUGACUGAAAUGUACACACACUUCCUGAUCUUUCAGACAAGUUUAAAAAAUGACAAGUAUAGGCUACCGACCUCCGCAAACCUGAGUUGGACAAGUUGGUUUAGGAAAUUGGUGGUGAGAUGGAUGAAAAACCAUGAAAGUGAGUUUAAUAAAUCUGGAAAGGAAUUCCUUUUAAAACUUGGUAAACUGGCUUUUGAUAGCCUUGAGAAAAGCAAUCUAAUUUUUUAUGAGCAAGAUCUGACAGAGAAUGGCAUUGAUGUCACUGAAACUUCAGUUUACUCUGGAGUGUGCACAGAAGUCUUUAAAGAGGAGUAUGGGUUGUACCAGGAGAAGGUGUACUGCUUUGUGCAUCUGAGCAUCCAGGAGUAUCUCGCUGCUUUAUAUGUGUUUCUGUCAAACUCAUCAGCUGACCUGCUGAAGACUGCAGUGAAUCAGGCAUUAGAGAGCAAGAAUGGACACUUGGACCUCUACCUCCGCUUCCUCCUGGGCCUCUCAACAGACUCCAGUAAGACUCUGUUACAAAGGCUACUGGGGCCGACAAGAAUCAGCUCACAUACCAGUAAGGAAACAGCCCAAUAUAUCAAGGAGAAAAUACAGGAGAAUUUAUCUCCAGAAAGGACCAUCAACCUGUUCCACUGUCUGACUGAAUUGGGUGACAAUUCUCUAGUAGUGGAAGUACAAGAAUACCUGAAUUCAGGAAGUCUUUCAGCAGAAGAUCUCUCACCUGCUCAGUAUUCAGCUUUGGCCUUUGUCUUACUGAUGUCAGCUGAGAAGCUGGAUGUGUUUGAUCUGAAGAAAUUCAUCAGAUCAGAUAAGGAGCAUUGGAGGCUGCUGCCUGUGGUCAAGACAUCUAGGACAGCACUGCUGAACAGCUGUAAUCUCACAGAGAAAUGCUGUGAGUCACUGGCUUCAGCUCUCAGAUUAAACUCCUCACCCCUGAGAGAGCUGGACCUGAGUGACAAUGACCUGCAGGAUUCAGGAGUGAAGCUGCUCUCUGCUGGACUGGGGGAUUUGCACUGUAAACUGGAGACUCUGAGGCUGUCAGGCUGUAGAGUCACAGAAGAAGGCUGUUCUUCCCUGGCUUCAGCUCUGAGGUCAAACCCCUCACACCUGAGAGAGCUGGACCUGAGUUACAAUCACCCAGGAGACUCAGGAGUGAAGCUGCUCUCUGCUGUACUGGAGGAUUCCAGCUGUAAACUGGAGAAGCUGAAUGUGGAUCACGGUGGAGAGUGCAGGACCAGACCAGGCCUACAGAAAUACUCCUGCCAGCUGAUACUGGACCUCAGGACAGCACACAGACGCCUGUCUCUGUCAGAGGGGAACAGGAAGGCGACAUGGGGGACAGAGGAGCCAUAUCCUGAUCAUCCAGAGAGAUUUGACCGCUGUUACCAAAUUCUGUGCAGAGAGAGUCUGACUGGUCGGUGCUAUUGGGAGGCUGAGUGGGGUGGAGCUGGAGCCUGGAUAGGAGUGACUUAUAAAGGAAUAAGGAGGAAAGGAGGGAGUACUGACUGUGCACUUGGAGCCAAUGACAAGUCAUGGAUUCUGAUCUGUGAUCCUCACAGUUACUCUGUCCUGCACAAUAAUAAACAGACUGUCAUAACCAUAGAGCCUUCAGGCUCCCACAGAGUAGGAGUGUAUUUGGACUGGGAGGCUGGUGCUCUGUCCUUCUACAGAGUCUCCUCUGAUGGACUGACCCCCCUGCACAGAUUCACCUCCUCAUUCACUGAACCCCUCUGUCCAGGGUUUGGGCUUUAUAUAAACUGCUCAGUAUCACUGUGCAUGCUGGGAUAGCUUACUGUGUGCUGGAGAAAUCAUUUUUACUGUAUCACGCAUGUUGCUGGUUCUUCAUGGUAACUCUGCUUUUUAACUUGUAUAAUCCUUUUUUACUCUGAAAUAUAUGUUAGAGAAAAAAUAAUAAUAAUAACGGGGUUCAGCAAGCUGAACAAAGAUGCAAAAUGACAGGUUUUCUCUCUGACUAAAAUGAACCAGUAAAGUGUAAUCCUGAUGCGUGGGGGGGCUUUUCCCUUCCCCAGUAUGUGCCCAUUUUAUAUAUUUAUGUCUAUAUAUUGUAAUUCCUAUCAGGAUAAAAGCUUUUUAUUGUAUCUGAUUGAUGUCCCGGUUCAGCAGUGCCAAAAGCAUAACUGAGUGACAUAAUUAAACCGCAUUCUCUGGUAAAUUAAAAUAAUAUAUUCACUUUA